CACGUUUAUACUCAAUUUUAUUUCACUAUCAAUUUUAGGGGUUUUGUUUUGUUCUUUGUUAACUUUGAGAAAUGGCGAGCGACCGGAAAUCGAAAAAGAAGCGAUCUUCAUCCCCAUCCUCCGAAGAUGACGAAAAGAAAAGGAAAAGGCAUAAAAGCUCAGAACCAAAACCUGACAAGAAAGAUAAACACUCAACCCACAAAUCUCACAAAUCCCAUAAAGAAGGGAUGCCGGAAGAGAAGCACAAACGCAAACAUAAACUCCAUAAGCAUGACCGUCGCGAGAUAGCGAAUUUUAAGGAGCUGUCAGAUGCUGAUUAUUUCUCUAAGAACAAUGAAUUUUCCACUUGGCUGAAAGACGAGAGAGACACUUUCUUUUCAGAUCUUUCUUCAGAGUCUGCACGUAAACUAUUUGCGAAGUUUGUCAAAAGUUGGAAUAACAAAAAGCUUGAUUCUAAAUACUAUGAUGGCAUUGUGGUAGGGAAACGAUCAUCCCAUAACUGGAAAAUCAAAGUGGAUGCAAAAGGCGACCCCCGUAGACACACUGAAUCAAACAGAGAUAUAUAGUCAAAGUGUCAGUGAUAGGUUCUACUUGUGUGGAUACUGUCAAAAAAGUUGUUUGUAAUUAUGCAUCAGUUUAGAUUUUGAUAAAAAAAAAAAAAUGGGUAGAUGCAUUUUGGUGAUCUUAGUAUAGAAAUCAAGAAGUAUUAAUGUCUAAUAUGCUGAAUGUUCUGUGGUUGCAAUCAGAGAAUUUCAAAGAGUGCGUAAACUAGAAUAUGCAACAGUUUGAUCGUUGCAAUAUACCUUGUUGGUGUUUAUUUUGAA